CGUUUACAAACCAUCCAUCUUAUUCGAGAUCCACGGGGGUCCCUUUCGUCUCAAAUAAAAAUUCGGAACAUUUCAUGGGAUCGGAUAGGGAAUUUGUCCGAACAUUUUUGUCACCGAGUAGCAGAUGAUAUUAAUUCCACAAUAUUUCUGCAUAACACAUAUCCUGAUCGUGCAAAAAUAUUAAUCUAUGAAAAAUUAGCAGAAAAUCCUUUAAUUCUUGCAGAAAAACUGCACGAUUUUACAAAAAUGCCUCGUUAUCAGUACGUCAUGCGGUAUAUAGCUAAGUUGACAAUGGGCGGUCACAAAAGUUACAGGCAGUUCGGAAGUCUUCGGGCAAAUUCGACAAAAGCCGCGUACGGUUGGCGGGAUACGAUCAUGUCCGAUCACGUGCAGACAAUUGAUGAAAACUGUGCAAGCGUCUAUGACUCAAUAGGUUACCAAAAGUUAGUUUCCGAAGAACAUGUACGGAAUCAUAACUUACUGACAUUAGAGGCCCCGACUUCUUCAUUAUUUUUCUAAUCAAGUUGCCAAGAUGUGUGGCGAUUGCAUAGCAAAUGCGUGGGGAGCCAUUCCCAGAUUAUGUCAAUUUCUGUUUCAAGAAACGUACCUAAAUGCCCAAAAUAUAGUAUCUAUAUUUAUAUCAACAUUUCAAGCGCCUUACAGUCAAGAUUUAGUAAAUGUAUAUAACUUUUAUUGGUCAUAAUGAUUUUGGCAUGUUAUAUGGCUCAUAAUAUAAACAAAUGGUUGUACAUAGCGGCUCAGGUUAUAUUACAAACAACCGUUUAUUUUGUCAUAUAACCUAUCAAGAUUCUUUAUAACUAAUUUAUAAUACAGCACACUUCCCUUUUUUGAAGACAACAUAAAAUUACUAUAAAAAAUAUUUUUACAACUGUGCAUAUUUAUAGUUUAUAUGAAAAUUACAGUUACCCAAUGAACAGCGAUCUUACAAAAGGAAGUAUUAUAAAUUUAUAUACAUGUGCAUGUAUCAAUACACAUGACAGUGUCCGUAAAAUUGUUUUUCCAGUAUACAUUAUGUUAAGCUAUGUUAUAAUAGUGAAUUGCAUAUUUUUUAUGAUUUUUAGAAAUGACUUCAUUCAUGAAUUACAAUUGUUACACAUGGAACAUAAUAUAUAUUAUGUCCAAGAAUACACAAAAAACUGUGAUCCAGGCAAAAAGCUAUAAACUUUCUUUGAAUGGAUAUGAAUCUGAUUCAUUAAUGUUACUGUAUUUGUGGGAGUUAAGUGAGGUUGAGAGUUGGGUAUGAUUGAUUGAUUUAGAUAUUAAGUGGGGUAUGUAAUAUUAAGUGGGGUACCUGAUAUUAAGUGGAUCACCUAAUAUUAAGCUGGGACACAUGGUAUUAAGUGGGGUCACCUGAUAUUGAUAGGACACCUAAGGAGUGCAACUAACCUUUAAUAAGCAAGCAGGAUAACUUCCCACAGUAAAAACAACCUUACCAAAUAACUGCUUUUUGAAUACAAUGUAAAAUAAUAGGCUCUAGUAAAUAAUAAAUUUUGAUAAAAAAGGCCUACUGAUUAAAA